AACCUCCGUCUCAAGGCAGUCGUUCGUUUUUGUUUGUGUUUUGGUUCCUCCUUUGACAAAACUCACAAAGGCAGCCGCCCUUUGACAAUCAAAGGGAUGGAACGAAAUGCGUUUUUGUAGAUUUGUCUCGUCGUUCUUCGCCUUUUAAACAGUAAAAGUCUUAAAGUUCGCCAUGGCUCUCGCCUCGAUCUGCUGCUUCAAGGCCUGCUUUGAAGGGACUGGCUUCACGCUGAAAACUGCUCCGGUUCGCAACAACAACGAAAGGAUCUGCCUUGACGGAAGACACGUCGGACAUGAAGUUGUGCUGAUAAAAAACUUAGUCAGGGUUUGUGGUAGUGGUGGGACACUUUGCACAGCUCCUUUGGUUCAGAACAAGUCGUACUUUGAAGUCAAAGUUCAGCAAGGAGGAGUCUGGGGAGUUGGAGUGGCGACGAGGUCGGCUGACUUGAACAAACCACCAGGUGGUCUAGACAGUGAAUCAUGGGUGUUUUGCAGUGACGGUAACAUCAGGCACAAUGGCACCAUUGUCCACCAGAUAGCUGAUAAACCGAUGGAGGGUGAUAUAAUUGGUGUCACUUAUGACCACAUUGAUCUGAACUUUUUUGUGAACGGAAAACCUUUAGAAAAACCCGUCAGUGGCAUCAGAGGAACAGUUUACCCUACUCUUUUCGUGGAUCAAGGCGCUGUUCUGGAUUUUAUUCCGGAAGACUUCCUCGAGACGCAGCCCAAUGGAUUCGAGCCAAUUAUGAUCGAAAAGUCCCUCCUGUAAUUGUUUUACUUUCAUAUUUGGUGUAUAUAAGAUGAACACUAUUGCUGUUUAAGUUCAUUUAAAUUUGUGUAAAUGGACUUAAUUUGGAUAAAAAUCUUAAACUGUGACCAUUCCACACUGAAUCACUUUUUUGACUGAUUGGAUCUUGAUUCCUCCCCACUUAAUGAAUCACUUUACGUUGUACUUAUUUUAGUUUUCACCUCUGAGAUUUUAAUUUUAUUUAUUUUUUUUAAGUUUUAUAUUUUUUUAUGGUUUAUCAUGAUUUAUAUAUUUAUUAAUAAAUGUUUGUGUAUAGAUAAAUGUGAAAUUCCAUCAAAUGGUAUGGUUUAAAAAACAACAAAAACCUAUAUAUUAUAUCACAAAUAAAGUACAAUAAUGAAUGA